AUGGGGCCUUGGGAGAGGGCUGGGAACUACAUGAUCCUCGCCUGCAUUUCCUUCCUCUUCGUGGGCCUCCUCAUCGGCAUCAUCCUGAGCUUCGACAUAGUGAUCAUGGGCAUUGCCAUGGGCGCCGGCGUCGCACUGGCUUUGCUCGGAUUCUUCGUGCACCAGUGUUUCUUGAGGAACAUGGAGCGAAUGCACAUGGACACGGUGCACAUGCUUUGUGCUGAGGUUUCUCAGGAGACUGAAAACCUGAGCAUGCAGUUGCGCAAAGCUCAGCGUGGAGACUGUUGCUACGAGCUCAACAUGCGCAUUUACGUGCCUUCUGAGCCACCCUGA